GUGCCCGCCUGCCCGUCGCCGGCGCUCGCGCCCGGGAGCGCCGCCGGGUCCCCAGAGCCGGCAGCUUCCUUUGUGCCGCGCUCAGGGUGCGCCGCGCUCCCUCGGGACGGAAUGUGGGCUCUGCGGGGGUUUUUGUCUUCUGCCCAAAUUCUUGAAACAAUGGACUGUAAGGGGCGCGGGGAUUAAGGGGGGCGAGCUGGGAAGCGAGCUGCACAGGGGAAUCAUGACUUCUGCCGCCGAGAUUAAGAAGCCACCAGUGGCCCCCAAGCCAAAGUUUGUUGUGGCAACUAAUAAGCCAACUCCACCUCCUGUUGCACCUAAACCUGAGAUCUUGGUUUCUAGUGUUCCACAGUCAACAAAGAAAACCAAACCAGCCAUAGCUCCAAAACCAAAAGUUCUGAAGGCCUCACCUGUCCAGGACAUCACACCGUCAAGGAAAAUCGUCGUGAACCUGGAAGAGAAUACACAGGAAUUCCCUGAAAGUACUGACAACUCGAACUGCAGAAACAGAGGGCAUCCAAGCAGUGAUUGUAUUUUACCAGUGUGUUCCUGCCAUCCUGGGUGUAACCAUAAGCUUGAGAACAGAGAGAAUUUGUGUGUCAAGCAGCUUGUCUUUGGGCCCCUGGAAAUGCAUGAGAAUUUAGAAAAUAACAAAAUUGGUGAGUCCCCUUCAGCUGUAAAAAAUCAGUAUAAAUGUGAUUCUGUUGGUGAAAGGGUCAAGAGCCAGAGUAAAGUAGUUUUAAAGGCAAGCAUCCUCGAAGAGAAGCUCAAAGAUGUUUUAACACAACGGACGUCACCCUUUCUUUUUCCCCAGAAGCACAGAUCCACAGACAGUCCAGAAAUGAGUGAUGUCUGUAAUUCCCACAGACAAUUCAGCAUUGAAUUUGCAGAUUUGUCACCUUCCCUGUCCAGCUUUGAAAACAUUUCUAAUCAUCACCCUUGCCACCUACAACUUCCUAGCACUGAAUUUCAAAAUUUUGAAAUUAAUCAGAAUGACAGUGAAAAAAACAACACUUGCUAUCAUUCAUCUGAACAAGAAGUUUUAGAAAAUGGAAAAAGGAGUCCUUUCUUAUCUUCGGAUGGAGAUAGUAAGAAAUCAGAAGCCAAAGACCUUCGUCCCUUGGAAAUCCACUUAGUGCCAUGUACGCCCAAAUUUCCAACUCCCAAGCCCAGAAAAACACGUGUUGCCCGCCUCUUGCGCCAGAGACAUAUAGAUACUCCCAGUGAAAAUACUGAAGAACCAGGGAAUGUAGACAACUUGCCUCGUCUUUUCGAAGAUAGUUUGAAAAACAGUAAAAUCAGUGUUUUUCAUCAGACCGCUCUGUGUAACCAGGAACAGGUAGACAAAGUGAAGCCAGAAACUAAAAGUGAGUUGAAUGUGGACUUCAGCGGUGACAGACAAAACUUAGUCUGUUCACAGAAAGCCUUGUGUCCUGAAACAAUUUCCUCUGAAGAAACAGCGCCUCUUUUAGAAACAAACUCUAAUUUGGGUUCUGACGACAAGUCAGGAGAUAGCUCUGGUAUGUCACUUGCCGAGGACAAAGGGACCAGUUUUAUAAGAUGUAGUAGUCUAUCUAUGAGCCUGCCCAAGCAGCUCAAAUUAACCUGCAACGAACAUUUGCCUACUGCCUCUAACCCGGGAGUGUCUGCCCCUCAAAUGCAAAAGGAAUCUAUCAUAAAAGAUGAAAGUUCCUCAAAAAUUGUCCCUAGAAAACCUCAAAGACACAGUUUGCCUGCUGCUGGAGUGCUUAAAAAGGCUGCUUCUGAGGAGCUUGUGGAGAAAAGUUCUUAUCCCGCAAAUGAAGAAAAAGAUUCAGAGAAGGGUCUAGAAAGAGAUCACCUGCAGCAUUUAUGUGCCCCAAACAAUGGUAUGUCAUCCUCCUUUGAUAUGCCUAAACGGGCUUCAGAGAAGCCAGUGUGGAAAUUACCUCAUCCUAUCAUACCCUUUUCAGGGAACCCAGAAUCCUUAAAGUCUGUCACCAUAUCCUCAAACAGUGAGACUCCCAGGGCCCUGACCAAGCCUAGAGCAAAAUCAUUAUCUGCUAUGGAUGUGGAAAGGUGCACUAAGCCUUGCAAAGACUCUCACAAGAAGAACUCUUUCAAGAAGUUACUCAAUAUGAAGUUGUCCAUCUGUUUCAUGAAGAGUGACUUCCAGAAAUUUUGGUCCAAGAAUAGCCAACUUGGAGACACAACUUCAGGCAGCCUGGCAAGUGGGGAGCAAAAAGUGGCAGGUGGGGAGAGUGAUUGGCAUGGAUUGUUGGUAGGAGAGGAGAAGAGAGGUAAAGCCAUCAAAGCCUAUUCAGCAGAAAACUAUAGCCUGGAAUCCCACAAGAAGAGGAAGAAGUUGCGGGGCCAGACCAGUGCAGCUAGUGGACCAAGAGCCGAGUCUCUGGAUGACCAAAUGCUCUCCAGGGAGUCGUCCUUGCAGCCACCUUGCAAAUCUGUUACCAGCGACUGUGCACCGGAGUAUGAAAAUAUACGCCACUAUGAGGAAAUACCAGAGUAUGAGAACUUGCCAUUUGUGAUGGCUAUGGGGAAAACUCCCGAGUUGGAAUGGCAGAAUUCCAGCAGUGUGGAGGACACUGAUGCAAAUGUGUAUGAGGUGCAGGAGCCGUAUGAAGCUCCAGAUGGCCAGCUCCAACUUGGACCCAGACACCAGCAUUCCAGCAGUUCUGGAGCAUCCCAGGAGGGACACAGUGAUCUGGACCUUGGUCUUGGCGACCUUCCUUCAGAUGAAGAGGAAGUCAUCAACAGUUCAGAUGAAGAUGAUGUCAGCUCUGCUUCUAGUAAAGGGGAGCCUGAUCUGCUGGACGAUAAACAGGGUGAAGAUACUGGAAUGAAACGUAAAGUCCAUCAUAUUGCCAAGGAGAUCAUGAGCUCAGAAAAAGUGUUUGUGGAUGUGUUAAAACUUUUGCAUAUUGAUUUCCGGGAUGCAGUAGCCCAUGCUUCCAGGCAACUUGGGAAACCAGUGAUUGAGGACCGGAUCCUAAAUCAGAUCCUGUACUACUUGCCUCAGCUGUAUGAGCUCAAUCGGGAUCUCCUAAAGGAACUGGAGGAAAGAAUGUCAAACUGGACGGAACAACAAAGAAUUGCUGAUAUCUUUGUAAAGAAGGGACCAUAUCUAAAAAUGUAUUCCACAUACAUUAAAGAAUUUGAUAAGAAUAUAGCUUUGUUGGAUGAGCAGUGCAAGAAAAACCCAGGUUUUGCUGCUGUUGUUAGAGAAUUUGAGAUGAGCCCACGCUGUGCCAGUCUGGCCCUCAAGCACUACCUGCUCAAGCCGGUCCAGAGGAUUCCCCAGUACAGGCUGCUGCUCACAGAUUAUUUGAAAAAUCUCUUAGAAGACUCUGAAGAUUACAAAGACACUCAAGAUGCCCUUGCUGUUGUUAUAGAGGUAGCCAACCACGCCAAUGACACCAUGAAGCAAGGAGACAACUUCCAGAAACUUAUGCAAAUUCAGUACAGCUUAAAUGGACACCAUGAAAUAGUUCAGCCUGGACGGGUUUUUCUCAAAGAAGGAAUUCUGAUGAAGCUAUCUCGGAAAGUCAUGCAGCCCCGAAUGUUUUUCCUGUUUAAUGAUGCCCUGUUGUAUACAACACCAGUGCAGUCUGGGAUGUACAAACUGAACAACAUGCUGUCACUGGCUGGAAUGAAGGUCAGAAAACCCACCCAAGAAGCGUAUCAGAAUGAACUUAAGAUUGAAAGUGUAGAACGUUCCUUCAUCCUCUCAGCCAGUUCUGCCCCAGAAAGGGAUGAAUGGCUCGAAGCCAUUUCCAGGUCAAUAGAAGAGUAUGCCAAGAAAAGAAUCACAUUCUGUCCUAGUCGGAGUCUUGAUGAGGCUGACUCAGAAAAUAAAGACGAGGUUAGUCCUCUUGGAUCUAAGGCGCCCAUCUGGAUUCCUGAUACCAGGGCCACCAUGUGCAUGAUCUGCACCAGUGAAUUUACUCUGACCUGGAGACGACAUCACUGCCGGGCCUGCGGAAAGAUUGUAUGCCAAGCUUGUUCAUCAAAUAAGUAUGGCUUAGAUUACCUGAAAAAUCAACCAGCAAGAGUAUGUGAACACUGUUUCCAAGAACUGCAGAAAUUAGAUCACCAGCACUCUCCUAAGUUUGGAUCCCCUGGAAAUCACAAAUCUCCUUCCAGCGCCUUAUCAUCAGUCUUACAUAGUAUUCCAUCAGGGAGGAAACAGAAAAAAAUCCCAGCUGCUCUUAAAGAAGUAUCAGCAAACACAGAAGAUUCCUCUAUGAGUGGCUACUUGUACAGAUCAAAGGGCAAUAAAAAACCUUGGAAACACUUGUGGUUCGUCAUAAAAAAUAAAGUACUAUAUACAUAUGCUGCAAGUGAGGAUGUGGCAGCUUUGGAGAGUCAACCUUUACUAGGAUUCACAGUCACUCAAGUCAAAGAUGAGAAUUCAGAGUCUAGAGUGUUUCAGUUACUGCACAAAAACAUGCUAUUUUAUGUAUUCAAAGCAGAUGAUGCUCACUCAGCUCAGAAGUGGAUAGAAGCAUUUCAAGAAGGGACAAUAUUGUAGUUGUGUUGGUUUCAUCUCGUGUGAUUCCAGAAGGGUGGAAUUUCAUCAGAAUAAAUGCAGUACAAACAUUUUAUAUAAACGAACAAUGCCAAGACGAAUCCAACUAAAAUCUUCAUCAGAGAAAUUAUUUUAUUAGGUAUAAGGUAAUUUUAAAAAAAUGUUUGUUUUUCAUGUAUGUUAUUUAUUAAAAUUUUAAUGUUUACUUAAUGGUCAGAGUUAUUUCUGAGACUCACACUGUAUGCUAAAGUACCUUUUCUUUAGAAACCAGAAAACUUAUCUUAAUAACCAUAUUAGCUGUUUGUGACACAGUCCAUCCUGCUUUCUCAGUGUGUUUUACAGUGUUACUUUGUAACAUUCUCACCAGUGGUAAGUCAUGGUAAAUAAAAAACACACAUCAAGGAGUGAAUUUCUAUACAGUCUUUGGAUUGGAAAUUAUGAUUAAACAGCUGAUGAGAAAAAUGUAUGUCUUUGAAUCCAUACAUUUAGAUGAAUUUUUGUAUCUUUUAAUGGAAAAACACAUGGCCAAUUUCUACCUCAGUAACUGAAACAAAAUUCCAGUAAAUCGUCUAAAGUAUUUCUGCUGUUACGUACCUCUUGUGCCAUGAGAUAAUGUUAUAUCAUCAAGGAAUUACAGCAAAGGGAUAGAAUCUGAAUUUUCAUUUAACUCAGUUGUGAGUAGGAAAAAGAAUAUUUCCAUUUUCAGGGUAACACAAAUAAUUAACUCUAUGGCCUUUACAUUAAGUCUAAUCUUUGGAAAAGAAAAAAAAAAACUACCAUUUCAACACAAACAUAAAUAUAUUAUUUCUUUAAAAAGCAAAAUAUGGCAAGUAUUAUAUAAUGUCCCUUGCUCUUCUAAGUGUUCUGAGCCCAAAGUAGUAGAGAGGUAUUUGUAUAUAAAAAGAAUGUUACAUUUUCUAUAAUAUUGUGAUUUUUUAAAUGAACUGGAAUUACCAUAUCAAAAAGCACAGAUUCUAAGCCAGUAUUAGAAAUUGUAUAGUAAUCAUUUUAAAAAGAUUUUUAAAUACCACUUUGUGUUAUGUCCUCUCUGGUAAUUAAAGUAUAUUUUUUUAUAUUUUUCUUUAAUCAGCUGUCAGCAUACCUCAUUAGGAAGGACUUAUAUUCCUAUUUUGGUUCACAUAUUGUUUAACAUAUGAACUGCUUUAUACAUAAAAUUGAUGAGAAGUAAAAUGAAAUUAACACUAUGAUUAAAGUCAUUCUUGAUGUUCAUAAUAUAAAUUUAUUGACUGAGCUUAAAUGAAAUAUGAAGUAUCUUCAAAGGCAAGAAAUUUCUUUGAAUAAAAGGCACAAGAAAUUUCCCUUUUGCUGUUAUAUAAAGAAUUUCCUAAUUCAGUAUUAUCUCUGAUUGCCAAGAGAAUUACUGAGUGCCUUCUGAAACCCUUUGACUGUUUGUUGCAGCACCAGGGUCUCUACAUCUAGAGUUUGACUACUGUAGUUUUCUGGCUAUUGCUUGCUGUGGAAUCAUUUUAAACCCUCUUGCAACCUCACAUAUAGUCCUUACAUGUUAACUUCCAAGUCUUUCCGUUAGCUGUAGGUAAACUAACAUUUCUUUGCGUCUCAUUAACUCUAACCAAGAUCGCAUCAGUAAGCCUUCCAUGUUAAAUCCCUGCAGUUUUAGUGUCCUUUUUCGAGACUAAGGUCAUGCCUUAUGAAGUGUUUCCCUUGGUUUCACAGGACCAGCAUUUUGUAAAACAAGUUACUGGGGUUCCUCUCUCCUGCUCUUGAGCUUUCAGCCUUCUGACUGCAAGGUUUGGUCUAAUCAGAAUCUGAAAAUUAUCAGCCAGUGGCUAUUCUAUCUUCCAACAGUUGACUGAAUCAGGAAUCAGUUAAAUAUAUAAGAAACAGUGCAUAGACUUCUAAUAAUUCUAAUUACAUGUGAAGCGCAUGUAUGAUUAUGCUAGUGUUGGCUUAGCCCCAUGGAGGGCUUUGAAAAAUAUAAAAGAUGUGCCUUUUGAGGAAUCUAUCAGAUUACCAGCUCCCCCCCCUCAGAAGUUUUAAAUGUAGAACAGUAUUACAUUCCCUUUCUCCCUUAUCAGUCCUUCAUAACUUCACUGAAGCUGAUCAGUUAUUUAACCUUGCUCAUUCAAUGUCAAAUGAGAAGCCUGAUUCUAUACAUUUUGUUAUAAAGCUGUCGAUACUUUUAAAACCACUCUUGAUAGCUAAAAGUUUAGGAAAAAAAAAAUGUUGCAUGCACUCUAUAAAUGAGAAGAAAGUUUAAACAGUACUUAGAUCCCAGUAGUACUUAGUAUAUUUUCUACAUUGAUACAUGUGCUUCUAUCAAAUCCUUUUCAAGUGUCUCCUUUUAUUCAUAAGGAGAAAGAAGAGUAGUUAUAAAGCUAGGUCCAAAAGGAUGCUUAAGAACCCUAGACAAGAAAUGCCAGGUCAAACUGGGGGAAGGCUGGCCUUCGUAUGUGUCUCUAGGCAGUGCUGCUCCUUUAUCUGUGGCAGCUUUAAACAUAGAGGACUCACCAGAGUCUAAGAAAAUGAGAAAAUUUAUCUUUGGCAUUUCUGAACCUCUUCCCAACUUCUUUCCCCUUGUUCCCUAAUGUACCCAGUAUCCUGCUAUUGUCUUUUCCCAAGAUACAUCUCCCUUUUAAUAACUAAAAGCUUGAUUGUUUGAGUAUGUAGUAGCAUUUCUUAAAAUGAGAUCAUCAUAGCAAACUUUAAUAUAAAGCUGUAAUGAAACAACUAAGUGAGGGCAACUUUGAAGUAUAGCUUUGUUAGCCAAAGGUGUAUUUUAUAUCUGGAUGGUAGAAUAUAUCCAGAAAUAGGGAAAGCCUACUAUUUAGUAAUUCAGUUAAAAUGUAAAUGUCAUCACAGCACAUCUUGAUUUAUGUCUUCGAGUGUGCUUUCACUGUACUCGGUUUUUGAAAUUUGAGAUCUGUUGUAGUCAGAUGUCAUCAUGGGGACUUCCAGAGAGGUUAAUUCUAUUUCUCUUACUAUACUUCACACUCCUUGAAAAUGUACUAUUCUAUUCCUGGUACAUCAGUUUCUCACAAAAUACCUACCUUGCAUCUUUCAAGAGAAAAUAUUUGUUGAAGAAAGUAAGGACAGGAUUCUUAUCAUUUUGAACUCAAAAGUCCUGGAGGGCCCACAUUAUAACUCAGAUCUUAGACCUGCUCUUCCCACCAUCCUGCAAGGCCAUAUUAGCAAGUACCUGUUAGACAUCUACAUCUUAAGCAUUUUAAGCUUUGCAUGUCUAAAAUGCAAUUUCUUUUCAUUCAGAUCUGUAUAUUUUCUUCUACAAUGGAGAAACACCAUUCUUGGCUCCAGAAUCUGCCUCCAAGUCUCAACAAGACCCUCUACAACUGCCCUCAUGUCUUUUUCCAUCUUCUUUGUCCUUCUAUUAUUGCAUCCACCCUAGAUCAAGUCCUUGUUACCUCUUCCCAGUGAUGGGCAUAACUUUUCUUCUAAUUCCAAUGCCUUUGUGUGGUCCCAUUUAAACACUGCCAGACCCAUCUUGUUAAGCAUAGUUACUAAUCUAGUUUCAUUCCUGCUCUUUACAACCUUCACUGGCUUCUGAGUGGUUUGGCAUGAACACUUUUGCUCAGGUAUCAUAUGUGGCAGCUAACCCCGACCCUACCUUCCUCUGUUCACAUCAUUUUCUUUUCUCAUCCUCCCCCCACCCCAUUUUUCUGCCUAUUUACCUAAGACUUCUCUAUAACAGUUGAUCCUAGCCUCUCCCCAUUCCUGCAGAUUAGAUCUAGUCUCUCCUUCCUCUAUGCUCCUGUAGCCUUUGGCUCCUAAACAGGCUUUCUUAUGGUGCUUAUCACAUUCUAGCCUUGAGAACAGUAACUGUAUCUUGUUCCUUUGAGAUUCCUCCUCAGUACCUGGCAGAGUGCCUUGCAUUCACUGGACAUUGUUGUGAAUUAAAUUAAUUCAAAUGAUCUCUCACUCUUUUUUGAAUGCCUCUAAAACACAAAUAUUCUGGAGCCUAUGCCAUUUUUAAUGUUAUUUUCUAAUGGAAAUUUUCUAGUUGGAUUUUUUUGUUAAGAUAAAAGUAGUAGUAAAUUUUCAAAAAGUCUCAAUAUCAAAUUCCCCCCUGUUUUUGAGGGGGUGGUUAGGAUGAAUGGUGGCAACUUUCUUUUAUAUGAGUUCAUCAUAGCAUGUUAAGAACCAAUCUUGAAAUACUAUUUUUUCGAAUGACAUAGAUUUAUAGAAACACUUUUUACUUUAAAAAUAAUGUUUGUAUCUUAUUGUCCAUAUAGAGAUAUAGAUCCUUUAUAAAUAAAAUAUUAGUGUAA